CUCACUUUUGUCUGCAGAUCUGCUCUAUGUGCUGCAGAUCUAUUUUCCCUACAUCACAGCAACAUCCUGCAUGCCAUCUCUUCACACGCACAGCCCCUCUCACACAUCCUCUGUGUUUCAGUGACAGCUUCAUCUCUCAGAGAAACCCUCAAAACUGAAGAUGGGAAAAAUUAACGGAUGCAUCAAAUGCCUCUUUAUCUUCUUCAAUGUGCUGUUUGCAAUCCUCGGCUGUAUACUGGUCUACGGAGCAGUGAAGUCAACCCCCUUCAGCCACCAGCUUACGUCGGUGGGGGGUCCGAGCCUGGCCUGGUCCUGGGUGUUUGCCCUCGGAGUCCUCGCCCUCUCCUGCAUGGGAAUCGCUGCUGCAUGCGCCGAGAAAGAACUCGUCCUCAAAAUUUUUGCAGGUUUCAUGCUGGCAGGAAUGAUCAUCAUGCUGAUCUUUGGCAUCGUUGUUGUUGUCUCAAGAAACAAGCUCAAAAAUUCUUUCGACACCGCCUCCGCUGAAGUGGCAAAGCCCUUCAUGGAAGACGAAGCAAUGCAAGCGAUGCUGAUGGGAAUAGAACAGGCGGCCCAUUGCUGUGGUGUGGUUAGCUCCAGCGACUGGGGUAACAAAAUCCCGGACUCCUGUGCGUGCAAUGAUCAAAAUGGAGGUUUUCCCCUCUCCUCUGGAUGUAAACCCAAGCCUGCGGGAACCUUAGGCCCAGACCAGAUCUACCAGAUGAGCUGCAGCAGCGCCAUCUUUGGGUUUUUCGACCUCUUCUUCAAGAUAGGCAUGGGCCUCUGCUUCGGGUUCGCUGUCACUGCACUGCUGGGCCUGCUGAUUAGCAUCCUGAUGAUCCACCAGAUCAGACGUCACGACAGCGGCGGAUCCUCCAUGGCCAUGAAGAGCUACUAGUGAAAGCUCCACCCCCGACCCCUGACCUUUAACCUCAGCGCUUUACUUUAGCUUUAGAGACUUAUUUUUGUAGGCCGACCCGGAAGUGAGCUGCACGGGUUCCCUCAAUAAAAAAGCGAUGUGAUUUCUCCAGAGGAUUUUGGAAUAUUGUGAAAAAUAAGAUCUGUAGAAAACAAAUCUGUUUGAUGAAUGCACGUUCUGUUCAGCCGGAUAAUCCCCACAUGUGUACCCUACUUUUAUAAUUUAGAACCAUAAAUCUAAUCACCAGAAGCAAAAUGCUAACGUGAUGCUAUAAACGAACUACAGAGGAGUACAGCGGGGUCGCACGACUUCAACGUCAGAGAGAGAGACACAAAGUUGUGUCAACCACAGACCUUAUUUCGAGCUAUUUUCCAAAAUCCUAUUGAGAAAUCCCACUGACUCUGAGACGAGGGAACCGGAAGUGAUCAGAUGCUGACUCACUCCCGGGACUCCGCUCUGUUAUAUCUUCUCCUGACAGGUGGUUCAGGAUAACUGCUUCUUUACCUUCAGCUUUUUACUGUGGAGAAUUCAACUUGAGUCGCAAACAUUUAUAUUUUUUUAAUCGCUUUUGUGUUUUUUGAUCACAGUAAUUAUACUUAUAGAUGAGUGGUUUUGGGUAAAAGUCAGGAACCAGUAUACUGGAUCCGGUGACCCAGUUCCCACGCUUUAUAUUGAGUUUUUGUCUCAUUUGCAAAAACUAAAUUGCUUGCCAAUUGCUUUUAUGUAUGGAUCUUUAACUCUAUAAAAAAGGCCAAAUGAAACGUCCAUAUCUACGUUUCGAUGGGUCCGAGAUUAUUUGACAUUUCUGAAGUUAUCAGUAGGAAACGGUUUGAGGUGAACGUCGCCACCUACUGUCCACAGUGUGUACUGUCAUGACUGAGAGAUGACUGAUAGGAUAAAACAAACCUUUAUUCUAGAUAUUAAACCUGUACUGUUCUGAUAUUUGAUUAAAGCCAUUUGGACCUGAA